AUGCAUUCACCAUCACCUCAACUUCUCCGCGCCAUGCGCUCCUCUCUCCUGAGCGCCCCGGCUCCCCGCGCUCUGCGCAGCGCCACCCGCUUCCCGCGCGCCCUCACAGCUCUCAACACCCUAUCAACACAGCGCAGCUACAGCACCCCAAUUCGCCCGACUCGCAUGAUCCCUCGCUCCCAUACACACAAGCCUACCAGCCAUGACCGAGGCCCCGAGUCAAAGGAAGACACCCAGACAGACUUUGGCGCACUGGACGUCCUCGGUAACACACCCGUACCGAGCACGGCCAUCGACGCCUGCCUGGACUCGGGGUUCCACCUGAACAGCGGUGUUAAAAUUACCGGUGGCGAUGCACUAUUGCUCGUCGGUGGAGAGGCGUUCUCCUGGCGGCCUUGGAAGGCCUUUGAGGGUGCAGAGGAUGACCGCCCGGCCAAGGCGUCUAUGAUUAACGCCAAGGGCCAAUUUGAGCUGGAUGAGCAGGCUUGGGGAUUGUUGAGCAUGGUGUGGCCCCGUCCUGACAUGCUCAUUCUCGGUCUGGGUGGCGGCAUGUAUCCCCUCUCACCAGCGACCAAGCGCCAUAUCAACUCGCUAGGCAUCCGCGUGGAGAUUCAGGAUACUCGGAAUGCGGCGGCGCAGUUUAACCUGUUGGCCACAGAGCGCGGAGUCUCCGAGAUUGCGGCAGCGCUAAUUCCUAUCGGGUGGAAAGGUCGGUCGUAA